CAGGUGUUACUGGGUGUUCUACUCCGGAAUUACCGCGUAGCUUUGCUGUCACGUUUGUUUUUAAAACACUUCAGUUACGAGUUUACUUGGGAAAAAAAACACGGAAGGGCUCGUUUACAACUGGUUUAUGACCGCAGGGCGCGGGCGGAGGAAAUGCCAGGUCUCACUUUCUGCUGGACUUCGGCAGAGCUGAUCUGUGAGGAUAAUCGAGGCUCUUUUGCUCUGAAUGCUCUGAAAAGCUUGGUAAUGGCUCCACUACCCAGUGCUGGGUCAGUUCGGAGCGCUCUGCAGUUAUACCGUUAUUUGCUCCGAUGCUGUAAGCAGCUUCCUGAAGAGAAUAUUCGUCAGCAUUACAGACAUGCAAUCAGGCAGAGUUUCAAAGUUCAUGCUGAUGAAGAUGAUCCUGAUAGAAUACAGCAAAUUAUUAAGAGAGCCAUUGAGGAUGCUGACUGGAUCAUGAACAAAUAUAAAAAGCAGAAGUAGAAGAAGGAUGAAGACAAGAAUGUCAUUGGUAAACAUCCUUAGAUGACAUCAGUCGAUUGCAUGUUCCCUGUGACCCUAAUUUCUACACUCUCCAGAAAAGACUCCAUUCAGCUGAGUUCUGUGCGCUCAAUGGCAUGAUCACUG